AACACAGUCGAUAGGCCCAGCUUGUAAAAAACAUCUGUGAAAUGAGCUCUGAUCAGUGUUGAGUUCGUAGUUCCAGUCCUAUGUUUCAUUUGUAUCCAUCGUAUCUUUUUGUUUAUAAUUGAAAGUCCUAGUUAAGUUAUUUUAUCUGAGAUAAUUAUCAAAUUUGCGUUGAUAUUUACUUACUUUUAAACCUUUUUAUUUUAUACAAUUAACUGGUUUUAAUCUAUAAAAAGGAAAAUAUAAACCUCGGCAAGAGGAGAAAAUAAAGAAAUAUGAGCGAUUUAACUCCCGAAGAGGUGAGACGACGUCGGUUGGCUCGCUUAGGCGCAGCAAAUGCAGUAGAUGCAUCUAUGCCACCACCAUCAAGUACAUCAACAAAUUCACAGUUAAUUCCUCAAUUGAAUCUCUUCAACGCAGAAUCGAAAGACACUUUUGUGGAACAAACGGACAAAUCCACAAAAACAAAAGAUAUGCCAAUGGAUGUUGAUGAUAGUGAUUCUGAUGUUAAAUCAAAUAAACAUGUAGUAUCUCCUGUCAAGCCUCCAGGUUCUACCUCUUUAAUUCCAUCUGAAGAAGAUUCUGGUUUUGAAAAUAUGGAUGUUGAUGAACCAAAAGAACCUAAACUACCAAUAGAACCUUUUAAAAAGAAAAGACCUAUAGAAAUUCUUAAUAAUAAAGAAAGUAUAGAAGAUAUUUGUCAAACAGUAGCAAUUAGAGUGUUAGAUGUGUCUUGGACAGAGCCAAAUAAUUUAAAUAUGUUUUUACCAGACACAGCGUCUAUUGUAAAAGAACGAGAUGAUAAUUUUGAACCAUAUGAUUUACAAGACCUCAUAAGCUUAGCUAUUCAAGAAGCAUUGUGUUUGGUAGUUAAAAAAGAUAAAUUGACUGAAGGUAGUGAACAACCUGAAAAGACAACAACUUCAGCUGCUUUAAAGUUUUUGUUUGAUUGCUACAGUCGUAUUGCAGUUGAAGAACGACAAUAUCCAAAAAGAAGUAGUUCACCUCCAGUUUGUUCAUUAUUACAAAAUAUCCGUGCACAAUGUGUUUCACAUUCAAUAAUGUUAUUGACUAACACUUGUAUUUUGGAUGAUAAAGAAAGUGCUAGAAUUUUAGAACCACUUCAUUCACCCCUUACAGAAUUCCUUUUACAAGGUACAUUACCAAGAGGAUUUUUAAAUGAGUUAUUCAACCGUACAGCUUUGAAACUUACAACAUUUAAACAAGUUUUUAGUCCAUUACUUCAAAAUUUGUAUCGUAUAAUGCAAACUGCUAGUUUUGUUGGUUCUACUCAUCGAAGACCUAUAGAAAUUUUAAAUGAGCUUACUUCUUUAGCAUUUUAUUCUGUAAAAAACAAUUUACCGGUGUGUUCUUUAAUUGUACAAUUGCCUCAAUUUUUACCAAAACGGAUUACUCAAAAUGGUGGUCGAGAGCUAUCUUUUACAUCAUAUUUAGGUCCAUUUCUUUCUGUAUCUUUAUUUGCUGAAGAUGACCCCAAAGUAAUUGAUAAGCUAUUGAAUUUUAAUACAUUAUCAGAUAAGUCAGGUUUAAUUGGAACUCUACGACAAGAAAUGCAAACAACUAGAGCUGAAUUAAACAAAAUAAUGUAUAAUUUGAUGGUUAAUCUGAGUUCACGUGAAGCUACACUGACAUAUGUUACUAAAAUGUUAGUAUACAAUGAAAAACGAUGUAAAAUGCGAGUAGAUGAAAGAACAAUAGCUGGUGAUGGAUUCAUGUUAAAUUUACUGACUACUUUGCAAGAGCUUUCAUUAAAAAUAAAAAUGGAAAAAGUUGAUCCAUUGUAUAUUUUCAAUGCAAAACAUUCAAUGAUUGACAUUUCUUCAGAUACUAGGUUAAAAUUUACAUCACAAGAAUAUUCUGAUUGGCUUGUGGAAACAUCAAAAUCAUUCAAGGAGGUAAAAUUUUCAACUCGUUGUUGGUUUUUAACAUUGUAUUGCCAUCAUAUAGCUUUAAUACCAGCUUUUAAUAAACAUACAAGACGGUACAGAACUGUAAGAGAUCUACAAAAAUUGAUUGAAGAAAUUACUAAUUCAGAAUCAGAAUGGAAAAGUAAUCCUACACUUGCAGCAAGAAAUAAAGAUUUAUUGAAAAAGUGGAAAGCUCAACUUAGAAAAUUAGUAAAAAGCAAAUCAUGUGGUGAACUAGUAUUAUAUGAUCCUCUUCUAAUAACUAGAUGCAUUGUAUUUUAUUCAACUGUUGCUGAAUUCAUGUUAACUCUUCUUCAAGGUACUCCAUAUAUUCCUAAGUCUGAUAUUGUAUUUCCAGCUGAAAUUCCAGAUAUAUUAGCAGCCAUACCAGAGUGGUUUGUUGAAGACAUUGCAGAUUUCUUAUUAUUUAUUUUGCAAUAUGCACCCAAAGCUAUUGAUUUUAAAUUUUUCGAUACAUUGUUGACUUGGAUAUUAGUUUGUAUUUGUUCACCUGCAGCAUUCAAAAAUCCAUACUUAAUAGCCAAAUUAAUAGAAGUGCUUUUUGUUUUAAAUCCUAGUAUUCAACCUAAAACUGAAGUAUUAAAUAAUAUGAUGAUGGGACAUGCCCUUUCAAUUUCACAUCUUCCUUCAGCUCUUAUGAAAUUUUACACUGUUAUUGAGUCUACUGGAGCUAGUUCAGAAUUUUAUGAUAAAUUUACCAUUCGUUAUCAUAUAAGUUUAAUUCUUAAAAGUAUGUGGGAAAGUCCAUUACAUAGACGUGCAGUUAUUGCUGAAUCAAAAAGUGGCAUACAAUUUGUGAAAUUUGUAAACAUGUUGAUUAAUGAUACUACUUUCUUACUGGAUGAGAGUUUGGAGUCCUUAAAACGUAUUCAUGAAGUCCAAGAACAAAUGGCUGACACUGCCAUAUGGAGUAGUUUAUCUGAUGAAACUCAGCAAACUCGAACACGUCAGUUGUCUGCUGAUGAACGACAAUGCAGGUCUUAUUUAACAUUAGCCCAGGAAACAGUAGAUAUGUUUCACUAUCUUACGAUGGAUAUAAAAGAACCAUUUAUGAGAUCUGAAUUAGUGACUCGAUUGACAGCUAUGUUAAAUUUCAAUUUACAACAAUUAUGUGGUCCGAAGUGUAAAAAUUUAAAAGUCAAAUCUCCUGAAAAUUAUGGUUGGGAACCAAGACGUUUACUUAAACAACUAAUUGAUAUUUACUUACACUUAGAUUGUGAUCAGUUUGCUGCAGCUAUUGCAGCUGAUGAAAGAUCUUUUCGUAUGGAAUUGUUUGAAGAUGCAGCGAAUAGAAUGGCCCGCGUUUUAAAUUCUUCAAAAUUGGAGGUGACACAAUUUCAAAAUUUAGCUGAUAAAGCUAAUGAAAUUUCAAUUCAAAAUAUUAAGAAAGAGGUUGAUUUCAAUGAUGCACCUGAAGAAUUUAGAGACCCAUUAAUGGAUACUUUGAUGGAUGAUCCAGUUAUUUUGCCAAGCAGUGGUAAGAUUAUGGAUCGGCCAGUUAUAAUACGUCAUUUAUUAAACUCACAGACUGAUCCAUUUAACCGUCAACCCUUAACAGAAGAUGAUUUGACACCAGCUGAAGAGUUAAAACAAAAAAUACAAAAAUGGAAAAUUGAAAAAUUGGAAGAAUUAUCUCAAUAAUGAAUAAUUAGAAUUCCAAAAAAAUUGUUUAUAAUAGUAACAUCAAUUCAAACCUUAAAAUUAAGUUUGAAAUGAAUUAUAAUUAUAAAUCUAAUAAAAUUGUGAUACUUCAUAAAAAUGUGUUCUUGGCGUUUUUAAAGACUUGUAGUUUAUUGAUAAAAACUUUUUACACCUCUUGUUUUAAUAUUAGAUAUAUAUUUAUUGAUAUAAGUUAUUAAUGUAAAUGUAUUCAUUUAUAAGAUAAAACUUGAUGACUAUAGC